UUAUAGGUAUACGUAGGACCGUAGCUGAUAAUUUCUCCAUCGAUCAAGUUUGUCGCUUCCGGUUGAGAAAGUACAGCAGCAGCCAUGGCCGGCGGAUUCAAGCUCGAACAGCAGCAUGGCAAGGGUAGGGUUAGGGUUUCAAGGGUUUGGAGAAAGGCCGGCGAAGGUGGAGCUGAUGUCAUCGUUGAGUGGAACGUUAGCAUCUCCCUUCUCUCCGAUUGCCUUGAAGCCUACACCGACGGCGACAACUCCUCCAUCGUCGCCACUGAUACCAUGAAAAACACUGUUUAUGCUAAAGCAAAGGAGUGUACGGAAGUUGAAUCCCCGGAGAGUUUCGCGAUCCGCCUGGCGAAACACUUUACGAGCUUCUAUCCGAAGGUGACAACUGCUAUUAUUUCCAUAGUGGAGAAACCAUGGGAGCAGGUUGUUGUGGAUGGCCGGCCACAUGCACAUGGAUUUAAGCUUGGGUCUGAGAAGCAUACAACUGAAGUAAAUUUGAAGAAGUUUGGUGCUCUUAGAUUGAUAUCUGGAAUUCAAGGUUUAUCUUUGUUAAAAACUACACAGUCUGGUUUCGAAGGAUUUAUUAGGGACCGCUACACAUUGCUUCCAGAAACAAAAGAAAGGAUGUUAGCAACAGAGGUUACGGCUCUCUGGAGGUGCUAUUCAGUUUUUUUAGGUUAUUUUCAUUAAAGCCAUUGUCAUCUC